UUCUUAUCUUUCCUCCAUCCGCUCUUCUCAACAUGAAGUCAUCCAAACUCUCAUCUAUUUCUCUCUGUUUCAUUCUCAUUUGCAUUAUCUUCUUUCCUCAAAAAUCCUUCUCAUGUGGCUCCUGCAACCCCAGGAAGGGUGGAAAACACUCCACUAAACCCCCGGUGACCGUUCCGAAGUUACCUGUUCCUCCAGUGACCGUACCUAAGCUUCCAGUUCCUCCGGUGACAGUUCCUAAGCUACCUGUUCCUCCAGUCACCGUCCCAAAGCUACCUGUACCUCCCGUGACCGUCCCAGAACUACCACUUCCCCCGGUUGGAGGGCUACCCAUUCCUCCGGUUGGGGGGCUACCCAUACCUCCGGUUGGAGGGCUACCCAUACCUCCGGUUGGAGGGUUACCCAUACCUCCGGUUGGAGGGCUACCCACAUUGCCACUGCCACCGUUGCCGAUUGUGGGUCCUCUUCUUCCUCCAGGGACAACCCCUCCUAGUUCAGGAGGAAAAGAUUGCCCUCCACCCCCGGGUAGCCAUAAGUCCCCACCAGGCACUGGGAAGGCGACAUGUCCAAUAGACACGCUGAAGUUGGGGGCGUGUGUUGACUUGUUGGGAGGUUUAGUAAAGAUAGGGUUAGGAGACCCAGCCGUUAACAAAUGCUGUCCGAUACUUAAAGGCCUCGCUGAAGUUGAAGCAGCAGCUUGUCUCUGCACUACACUUAAGCUUAAAGCUCUUAACCUUAAGCUGUACGUUCCAGUUGCUCUUCAGCUUCUUCUUACCUGUGGCAAAAACCCACCUCCGGGCUACACUUGCUCCAUCUGAGAAAUUUAGUCCAGUUAAAGGAUAACUUGGAGAAAAAAAAGUGAGAAGACAAUGGCAGAGCUCUGGUUUUUCAUUUCACGUGUAUUAAUCAUGUCCAAUCCUUUCCCUUUGAUUCUUUCACAUAUCUAUCCCUUCUGCUUGUAUCGUUGUGGUUCUAGAUUUAUGAUUCUUCUCUUGUAUGAAAGUACGAUUUGAAAUUAUUUAUUUUUAACGAAUGAA